AUGUCCUCGAAAGAAAAAAACUCAGUCACGGACUCAGUCGCCAAUUAUUCUUGUUCUAAGGUUGAGUUCAGCAAAGGUUCUACUAUCUCCUCAAAUACAGCCAUUCAAGGGUCUACCCUCUAUUUUAACAAGUCGGAUUACGGCAUUGUGAAAGAUCUACGACAUUGUCAUGGAUUACCGGUGAUUUCUAUCAAGUUUAACAAAGCGAAUGUCAUCCCGAAUGCAAAAAUACAAACCCACCAUGAGAAGACCAGUGACUUAGAGGAUUGUGAACACACAAAUUACUGUGAUACCAACGAUGAAAAGCGGCCUAUACAUCACAAUCAAUGCCGUCCCGAGAACUAUGAAUGUCGGAAAGCCCGUGAAACGCGACAGGUCAACUCAAAUCUUAUUAAAUCUGGUAGUCGUGGGAUUAACGACGACCGACGGGGUUGCGUUGAAGCAUUUGGAAAACAUGAGGAUCAAGGGAUUGAUCGGGAAUUUAGGGGCUCUGUGGAUCAAAAAACCGACAGGAACUCCGGUGACCACAAGGGUAUGAAGGGCCAGAUGCCUACAUAUACAAAUCACGGCUUUAAUGAGGAUGAGUUAGAUUAUGGAUACGAUGAGGAAUGUCUGAAGAGUGGCCAUUAUGUCGAGGACCCAUUUGUUGAUUGUGAACAUGGCCCUGGUGAGGACUGUUGGAACUGUGAACACCAGGGUCCUGAAUAUUUUGAGUGUUAUGGUGAUUACGGAGGUGAAGAUGAUGAAAACCCGUUCGUCGAUUGUGAACAUGGCCCCGGUGAGGAAUGUUGGAAUUGUGAAAACCAGGAUCUUGAAUAUUUUGAGUGUUAUGGAGGUAAUAGUGGGGGGAGUAAGUGA